AUGCUUCGUCUACUUCCUUCUCUUCUGCUUGUUGCUGUAGUCCAGCAUGUCCUCUCUUCCUCCUGGGAAAUGGUUACAGUAACACUUGGCAGUGAACACUACACCGACAACGGUAAACACAAUGUCUUAGACGAUUUCUACGAACUGUUCGACGAGUUUGCUGAACAGCAAGGUAUUCACUUCAACAAAAGAAAUUUCCGUGAAAUUGAAACAAACAUCAGCGGCUUACCAGUCGCUAAGUACGGACUACGCGGCGUCGACUGCGAGCAGUUACGACAGUUCCUCAGCAGCAUCAAGGCCCAGAAGUACCAUCUUCAGUAUGCGUCUGUGAAGUGCGGUCCAAUGACAUUCUCGUUCUGCAUGGGCUUCUCAUGCAAUCCUGAUGAUUUCGGCGUGAAGGGUUACAACAGGACUACCCAUACUGCAUAUAAAAAAUGA